CGUGUUGAGAAAGAUGUGUGAACUUUAAUUCCCAGAAUUCCUCAGCCAGGAUACGGAAGCAUAGCUGCUCCCACCGCAGCGCGCCCUCACCUAGCAACAAAGCCUAAACACUGAAGAAGCGGAAGAAGGCGAACUUUAUUGGGAGAAGAGAACAAGGCAGGUGUUGGUUGUGAGGAAUGGGAGAGGGAAGCUACGCGAAGGAUAUAACCCUCAUGUCCCCCUCAGUACGGUAUGAUGGACAAAGUGAAUAAUCCUUCAUGAUCAAGAAAUUAUUAAUUUUAUAGUUUCAGUAUUAAUUAUUGAGCUAUCUUGAUUCUAUGGAGUAAUGCUGAAAUUCCAGGAAGCAGUUAAGCAUGGUAUAUCAUUUACACCUAUUUCUAUGCACUCGAAAACACUGAUUGCAGGAAGAUACAAUAUUUAUAAAAAACUUGGACGUGGAAGUUUUGGAACAGUUUAUCUGGUUUCUGACAAGAAAGCAAAAGAAGAACAAUUGGUCAAGCAUCUUGCCGUUAUCCAGAUGCCAAGGAAAGUUUUGAAAGAAAUCUGUGUGGGGAAUCUUAAACCCAAUGAAACAGUUGAAGCUAAUUUGGAAGCACAAUUGUUGUCCAGGCUAGACCAUCCAGCCAUUGUUAAAUUCUAUACAAGUUUUGUUGAAGGAGGAAGUUUUUGCAUCAUUACUGAAUACUGUGAGGGCCAAGACCUUGACUUUAAAAUUCAAGAGUACAAAAGAAGUGGCAAAGUAUUUCCUGAAAGUCAAAUAGUGAAAUGGUUUAUACAAUUAUUACUUGGAGUAAACUACCUACAUGAAAGGCGAAUACUUCAUCGAGAUUUGAAAGCUAAGAAUAUUUUUUUGAAAAAUAAUCUGGUUAAAAUUGGGGACUUUGGAGUUUCUCGACUCUUGAUGGGAUCGUGCGAUUUAGCAACUACUUUUAUUGGGACACCUUUCUACAUGAGCCCAGAGGCAUUACAACACCAGGGUUAUGACACGAAAUCAGACAUUUGGUCACUUGGAUGCAUUUUGUAUGAGAUGUGUUGUUUGAAUCACACGUUUACUGGUCAUAGUUUUUUAUCCAUUGUUCUGAAAAUUGUAGAGAGCAAAACACCUUCUCUUCCAGACAAUUUUUCAAGAGAACUUGAUGCUGUCUUGCAUAGAAUGCUGAAUAAGAACCCUUCACUGAGGCCAUCAGCUGCAGAGAUUUUAAGAACUUCAUACAUUAAUGAUCAGUUACAGAUUAUGAAAUAUAAGCACACAAAUAUAAGCACACAAAUUAAAAAGGAUUGGAUGUUUAAUUCCCAGGAAGAAGCUGAUCAUAUAAUAAGUGCUGUACAGAAAAAGGUACAUCUCCAAACUCUGAGAGCCAUGUCUGAAGUGCAGAAAAUGACACCACGUGAACGGAUGCGAUUGCGGAAAUUAAAUUUAGCUGAUCAAACAGCACAGAAGCUGAAACAGUUGGCUGAAGAAAAAUAUCAAGAAAAUCUUAAAAGAAUGCAAGAACUUAGAUUCCGUAAUUUUCACCAAGUGAAUAUAGAUGUGCUUCAUGAAUCUGAUCAGCACAAUUCAGAACACCUCAAUAAAUCCCAGUCUGUCACUGCAUUGGACUAUUUUUCCAUAGGAUGUAGUAACCAAAGGGACAAUGAUACAGUAGGCAGACUUCAUGAACCUAAUCCAGCAGAGCAUGAGAUCCCAGAGGAUCCUUUUACUGCAGAAGAAUAUUAUAAUGAUGCAUUUGAUUCCUGCUCAGAAACAAGCGAAGAAUCGGAUAGGGAACAGGAAGAAAAGAAUGCAUCACAGACAGACAGUGAUAUCAACGCAAUGGUCAGAUACAUGGAGAAUAUUGUAGAUAUCAAUUCUGGUGGAACUAGACGUUUCACUGAAGUGACUCCAUUGGGACCUGUGAGAUUGAGACCUCUAAAUAAUACUAUGGCAACAACCAAGCUGAGACAUAUGAAGGAGACAGCCAUUCAAAAAUUGGGAGCAGAAAUUUUUGGAAAAGUAUAUGAAUUCCUCCAACAAGCAAGACUGAGGAAGGCAAGUGAAGAUGAAGUCAAAGAAUAUCUUGGAAAAUUGGUAUCUCGGGCAAGUGACUGUUUUGAGGUAGAUCAGCUUCUUUAUUUUGAAGACCAGCUACAAGUCUCAGAAGAUAUUUUGGUGAGAUAGUGUAUCCAAGAAUGAAUUUUCUUGUACUAUCUGAAACCAUUGGUUUCAAUAUUGUUCAAUUAGAAGUAAAUGACAUUAUGAUUAGUGAAUAACAUGGAAAUACUGUUUGGGGAAAAAUGAUGCUAAAGAAUUACCUUUUUUAUAUAAAAUCCAAAACAUUCUUUAGGUCCAAAUGAAGUUGAUGAGAACUUACUGACAAAUUUCUACACAACCAGUCCUGGCAUUUAGUUCUCAUUAAUUUUUUCCUUGACAAUUUCUACAUUAUUUUUUAUUUUAUUUUUCAUGGUCGAUUCCUUCAGAUGUACUGAAUCAGCAUUCAGUAAUCUGAGUUUCAUCUGUGUUUCAACAAGGGAGCAGCACAGGAAGUGGAAGGAUGGAGGGAAAAUAAAAAAAAAGUGUGGUUCUUUUCGUCAUGCAAAGUGAGUGAGCAAUUAAUUGCAUUAGUUGGAUUUCAGUUAUUAUAUACCUAGUAAACAAUUUCACUGUGGAAAAGGA